AUGCAUUUGGGCUUGGAUUUGGUGUUACUGUUUUUGAUGGUAUGUUGGUGGCUAUUCUCUGAGAUCCCCAUGACUUGUAUCAUUUAUGCUGAUAUAAUGGAGCGGAAGGCUGCUUUCCUUGGUGAUAAGAGCAAGCUCUGGUUGGGAGACAAAUUCCUGCCCCGAGGCUGGAAGAGUCAUCUUUAUAACCACUACUUUGGGUCGAAGAAGGUCAGAGAAACAUGGUGGAGGAAGCUUCUGAUUUUGUGGGUGGUUGGUUGGUUCUUAGUGUCUCUGUGGAUCUUCUGGUUGAUGAACUCCCAGGCUGUCGAGAAGAGUAGGGAGACGCUUGCUAGCAUGUGCGACGAGCGUGCUCGGAUGCUUCAGGACCAGUUCAAUGUGAGCAUGAACCAUCUUCAGGCGUUGGCAAUUCUUGUCUCAACGUUUCAUCAUUCCAAGGAGCCAUCUGCCAUUGAUCAGAUGACUUUUGCAAGAUAUGCAGAAAGAACUGCUUUUGAGAGGCCGCUGACGAGCGGUGUGGCUUAUGCUGUGAAGGUUCUGCAUUCUGAAAGAGAAGAGUUUGAGAGGCAACAAGGAUGGACUAUCAAGAGAAUGGACUACACAGAGCAAUCCCCAGCUCGUAAUGAUGACUCGUUCCCUGAGACCCAGGAGAUAUCACCAGCGCAAGAUGAAUAUGCUCCUGUCAUCUUUGCCCAAGAUACCUAUAAGCAUGUGAUAUCUGUGGAUAUGUUAUCUGGAAAGGAGGAUCGUGAAAACAUUCUACGAGCUAGGAAAUCUGGGAAGGGAGUCCUAACUGCUCCUUUUCAGCUGCUAAAAUCAAAACGCCUUGGGGUUAUUCUGACAUAUGCAGUGUACAAAAGAGAAAUUCCUUCAAAUGCAACACCUGUGGAACGUAUCCAAGCAGCCAUAGGAUACUUAGGAGGAAUCUUUGAUAUAGAAGCGCUGGUAGAUAAAUUACUUCACCAACUUGCUAGUAAGCAAUCCAUUAUUGUCAAUGUGUAUGAUACCACCAAUCCUGACGAACCAAUCAGGAUGUAUGGUCCAAACAUGACCGGUACUGGUAUUUACCAUAACAGCACCCUUCACUUUGGCGAUCCAUUAAGAAAGCAUGAGAUGCAUUGCAGGUUCAAAUACAAGCCACCAUUGCCAUGGCUUGCCAUAACAACAUCAAUCGGAGCUCUUGUGAUUGCCUUACUAAUUGGAUAUAUUUUUCAUGCUACUGUCAACCGCAUUGCUAAAGUGGAAGAUGAUUACCGGGAGAUGAUGGAACUCAAAAAACGUGCAGAAGCAGCAGAUGUUGCAAAAUCUCAGUUCUUGGCCACUGUAUCUCAUGAAAUCAGAACUCCGAUGAAUGGAGUUUUAGGGAUGCUGCAAAUGCUUAUGGAUACUGAUCUGGAUAUCACACAGCAAGAUUAUGUGAGAACAGCCCAAGAAAGUGGAAAAGCUCUUGUAUCACUUAUAAAUGAGGUUCUGGAUCAGGCAAAGAUUGAAUCCGGCAAGCUUGAGCUUGAGGCUGUCAGAUUUGACUUGCGAGCAGUUCUGGAUGAUGUCUUGUCACUUUUCUAUGGAAAGUCCCAGGAAAAAGGAAUAGAGUUGGCAGUUUUUGUUUCUGAUCAAGUUCCCGAAUUUCUUGUCGGUGAUUCUGGAAGAAUCCGGCAAAUCAUCACAAAUCUCAUGGGAAAUUCCAUAAAAUUCACAGAGAAAGGGCAUAUUUAUGUGACUGUUCAUCUUGUCGAAGAGAUGAUGAAUUCAUUGGAAGUGGAAACAGAAGCUCAGCCGGUGAAUACCUUGAGUGGUUUUCCUGUGGUGGAUAGAAGACGCAGCUGGGAGAGCUUUAAGAUAUUCAAUCAGGAUUUGUCUAUGACUGAGCUGUCUUUUCUGUCAACCUCUUCGGAUCCUAUUAACCUAAUCAUAUCUGUUGAAGAUACAGGGGUGGGAAUCCCUCAAGAAGCCCAGUGUCGGGUGUUCACCCCUUUUAUGCAGGUAGGCCCAUCAAUUUCACGCAUUCAUGGGGGCACUGGCAUUGGACUUAGCAUCAGUAAAUGUUUGGUUAGUCUCAUGAAGGGAGAGAUUGGAUUUGUGAGUGAACCCCAGAUCGGUUCCACUUUCACCUUUACUGCUAUCCUUACGAGAACAUGCAACAAUUCAAACGAGUACAAAUCAUCCGAAUUUCAAGGGAUGACUGCAUUAGUGGUCGACCACAGACCGGCCCGUGCAAAGGUCACAAGGUACCAUCUCCGGAGGCUUGGUAUUCAUGCUGAACUAGCCAGUGACCUAAACCAAGUUCUUCCCAGAAUAACUAAUGGAACAUUAAUGGUAAACAUGGUUCUUGUCGACAAGGAAACAUGGCUGAAGGAUGCUAAUCUCUGGCCUCUUUUUAUUAGCAAAUUAAGGAAGGAUGACCAGACAAAUAUUCCAAAACUUUUUCUAUUAACAAAUCCUAGCAGUUCUCCCAAAAACAGUCCCGCUAGCUCUGCAGAAUAUUUUUCAACUACAAUCAUGAAGCCACUCAGAGCGAGCAUGUUACAAGUAUCUCUGCACCGAGCUAUGGGUGGUGGAGACCGGGACAAUUGCCGAAAUGGAGGAGUGCCUCGAUUGUCAUUGCACAAUCUUCUUCAUGGGAAGCAUAUUCUGGUUGUGGAUGAUAAUAUCGUGAAUCUAAGAGUAGCUGCCGGUGCUUUGAAGAAGUAUGGAGCUGAAGUAACUUGUGCAGAGAGUGGGAAGAAGGCAAUAGCAAUGCUCAAGCCACCACACAAAUUUGAUGCUUGUUUCAUGGAUAUUCAGAUGCCAGAAAUGGAUGGAUUUGAAGCUACCAAAAGGAUACGAGAGAUGGAAAAUGAUCUGAAUGAUCGAAUACAACAUGGGGAAGUGUCACUAGAAGCUUAUGGAAAUGUCUUGCAUUGGCAGACUCCCAUAUUGGCCAUGACGGCAGAUGUGAUCCAGGCAACACAGGAGGAGUGCCUAAGGUGUGGAAUGGAUGGCUAUGUAUCAAAGCCAUUUGAAGGAGAACAACUGUACAGAGAAGUAGCUCGCUUUUUCAAAACCACCAUGAAGAAAACUCAAUAGGGAGAACUAAAAUAUGUACAACAGCAGAGGACAUUGGCAUGAAGGUCCAUUAGUUGCAGUAUGCGGCAUCUGAUAAAACAGAGUUAUUUUGAAGAAGAUGAAAUUUGGAGAUGGAACGAGUAUUUUCUGUUCCUCAUCUCGCUGAGAAUAUCCAACAUAUGGUACAAUUUAUGCAUAGAGAGCUACAUAAUCGCAAAUGCAAUUUUCAUUCUCAGCACUGUAUAAAGGAGAAACACCUUGUACUUGUUGUUGAUUCUGGUGCCAAUAUCCUCUAUCUUGUAAAAUAAACUGGAUCCUGAAAAAUUUCUUGGCCGUGCAGAAAUGUGGAGUGUACAGAGAUGAACAGUCGGUUCAGAUUUUUGUUUAUUUCUUGAGUAUGUGAUAAUGCAUGUAUUCUUCAGUAAAGAAGAAAUUCAUAGAUGUAAAUUACACAGUCAAAUAAAGAUUGAUGCAUUAAGUGGCAAAAUCAAUCCUUCAGUCUUUUUGUAUAUAAAUGACUUUAGUCUCUUUUUCGUCAAAUAAGUUGGAUUUUUGUCUAAA